AUGAGUGUGGGCUGCCCAGAGCCUGAGCCGCCCCGCUCCCUGCCCUGCUGUGGGCCAGGGGCCGCCCCUGGGCCAGGAGCCGGUGUGCCCCUUCUCACUGAAGAUAUGCAGGCACUGACCCUCCGCACACUGGCCGCCAGCGAUGUCGCCAAGCAUUAUGAGCUCGUCCGGGAGCUGGGCAAGGGCACCUAUGGGAAGGUCGACCUGGUAGCCUACAAGGGCACAGGCAUGAAAAUGGCGCUGAAGUUUGUGAACAAAAGCAAAACCAAGCUGAAGAACUUCCUGCGGGAGGUGAGCAUUACCAACAGCCUCUCCUCCAGCCCCUUCAUCAUCAAGGUCUUUGACGUGGUCUUUGAGACUGAGGACUGCUACGUCUUCGCUCAGGAGUACGCGCCCGCCGGGGACCUGUUUGACAUCAUUCCUCCUCAGGUCGGGCUCCCCGAGGACACGGUGAAGCGCUGCGUGCAGCAGCUGGGGCUGGCGCUGGACUUCAUGCAUGGGCGGCAGCUGGUGCACCGCGACAUCAAGCCCGAGAACGUGCUGCUGUUCGACCGCGAGUGCCGCCGCGUGAAGCUGGCCGACUUCGGCAUGACGCGCCGCGUGGGCUGCCGCGUGAAGCGCGUCAGUGGCACCAUCCCCUACACGGCGCCCGAGGUGUGCCAGGCGGGCCGCGCCGACGGCUUCGCCGUGGACACGGGAGUGGACGUGUGGGCCUUCGGCGUGCUCAUCUUCUGCGUGCUCACCGGCAACUUCCCGUGGGAGGCGGCGUCAGGCGCCGACGCCUUCUUCGAGGAGUUCGUGCGCUGGCAGCGCGGCCGUCUCCCGGGGCUGCCGUCGCAAUGGCGCCGCUUCACGGAGCCUGCGCUGCGCAUGUUCCAGCGCCUCCUGGCGCUCGAGCCCGAGCGCCGCGGUCCCGCCAAGGAGGUCUUCCGCUUCCUGAAGCACGAGCUCACUUCCGAGCUGCGGCGCCGGCCCUCGCACCGCGCGCGCAAGCCCGCGCCCCCCGCCGGUGGGCCUGUGCCUGUCCCCGUGCCCGAGGCCGGCCUGGCACCCCCAGGGCCCCCGGGCAGGACCGACGGCCGCCCGGACAAGAGCAAGGGGCAAGUGGUGCUGGCCACGGCCAUCGAGAUCUGCGUCUGA